UAUCCAUAUUUCAUCUGAUGAUUACAAGGAAUUGUGGAAUAUAAAGCCCUCUGAUUCAUUGUCUCCUCAAUUGAGGAGUGGGUUUAGAGAGAGACAGAGAUGGAUCGCAUUCUGAAAGCUGCGAGGAGCUCAGGCUCUCUCAAUCUCUCCAAUCGCUCUCUCAGGGAACUGCCAAAUGAGGUUUAUAGAAAUUUGGAGGGGGUUGGGGAAGGCGAUAAAUGGUGGGAGGCUGUGGAGCUACAAAAGCUUAUACUAGCUCACAAUAAUAUCGAGGUCUUACAAGAAGAUGUAAAAAAUUUAUCCAUGUUAACUGUUUUGAACAUUAGCCACAACAAGCUUUCUCACCUACCAGCAGCUGUAGGACAGCUCACUGUUCUUAAAUUACUUGAUGUUUCAUUCAACUCAAUCAAAAGUAUACCCGAAGAGAUUGGCUCUGCAACUUCUCUAGUCAAGCUUGAUUGCUCGAGCAAUAUACUAGAAGAACUUCCUGGGAGUCUUGGAAGAUGUUUAGAAUUGUCAGAGCUGAAGGCAUCGAACAACCACAUCACUAAGUUGCCAGAUGAUAUGGUGAAGUGUUCCAAGUUGAUAAAAUUGGAUGUGGAGGGGAACAAGCUAACAACAAUUCCUGAGCAUCUGGUUGGAUCAUGGACCUCCCUGACUGAGCUAAAUGCUGCGAAAAAUUUGCUUGGUAGUAUUCCUGACAACAUUGGGGUCCUCUCUCGACUUGUUCGACUUGAUCUUCAUCAGAACAGAAUCUCAUCAAUACCGUCAUCUAUAAUGGGUUGCUCUUCACUUUCAGAGCUUUAUUUGGGGAACAAUCUGUUGUCCACAUUGCCUGUGGAGAUUGGUGCUCUUUCUGUGCUAGCAACCUUGGAUCUUCACUCGAAUAAGCUGAAGGAGUAUCCUGUGGAGGCAUGCAAACUUCAUCUCAGAGUCCUAGAUCUGUCAAAUAACUCAUUGUCUGGUUUGCCACCAGAAAUUGGCAUGAUGACGAGUCUUAGAAAGCUCGUGCUUACUGGCAAUCCUUUGCGAACUCUUAGAAGCUCGUUGGUAUCUGGCCCAACACCUGCAUUAUUAAAAUAUCUCCGAAGCAGACUGUCUCCUGAUGAGAGUGCUUCUACAACUACUUCCCGUACUUUGAAAGAAGAGCAUAUUUCUAUGGCAGCUCGGUUAUCGAUUUCUUCAAAGGAAUUGUCCUUAACUGGGUUGGCGUUGACAAAUGUUCCUCCAGCAGUAUGGGAAUCAGGUGAAACUGUGAAAGUCGAUCUUUCCAAAAAUUUGAUUGAAGAGCUUCCAAAUGAGCUCUCAUUGUGCACCUAUCUUCAGACCCUAAUCUUGUCAGACAACAAGAUAAAAGAAUGGCCUGGUGCAGUUCUUUCAUCUCUUUAUAAUCUUUCAUGCUUGAAGCUGGACAAUAACCCACUAACACAGAUUCCAUCAAAUACCUUUGAAUCUCUGACAAAGCUCCAAGUACUGGAUUUGAGUGGUAUUCCAGCUUCGCUACUUGAACCUUCAUUUCUCUCUAGCAUGCCACAAUUGCAGGAGCUAUACUUAAGACGAAUGCGCUUGCAAGAAGUCCCUUCAGGCAUUUUGACUUUACAAAAUUUGCGUAUUCUGGACCUAAGUCGGAAUUCCCUUGUAUCUAUUCCUGAGGGUUUUAAGACAUUAACAUCUCUAAGUGAGCUCGACUUGUCGGACAACGACAUCCCAGCACUUCCAGUGGAACUGGGAUUGCUGGAAUCAACCCUACAAGUCCUGAGACUGGAUGGGAACCCAUUGAGAAGCAUCCGUCGACCAAUUCUGGAUCGUGGAACAAAGGCUGUUCUUAAGUAUCUCAAAGACAAGAUUCCAACAUAACCCAAGUAUGGUACUUUGAGGUUGCCGUUUUUCUUAUUUCGGUUAUAUACAUGGACAAAGAUUAAUAAGCCCGCUAAGAUUAUAUAAGCGAACGGGCUUAUUCUGCAGCAUAAGCCAUUUUGAAAAGUCGGGGUCUAUCAAAAUCUAAAUUUUCACGCCUAGCUAUCCAACCAUGCAGAUUCAAUUUGAGCCAUUAGGUGUACAAGGUGAGUUACGUGAGUGGACAUACCUCAUGUUUCUCCAUUUCCUCAGCUUGUUACAUACGCUUGCAUGUACAAGAAGAGACAGAUUAACUUGAGGGAGCCCUUAAUGGCAAAAAUAUCCUUGUUCGUGGGUUUGUUGAAUGCAGAGUGUGACAUUAUACAGGGUUAGAAUGCGGAAACAAGUUCAUUGAUUGAAUCUCCUAAAACCCUUAUUGUAAUCAAUAGCAGGGUUAUAGGGUGUUAUUGAGUGUUGGGAAUUUCUCUCCAAGGCUUGCUGGUUUGGUUUUUAUGGUUCUUCCUUUUUGAGUUUUCUUAGUAUUUUUAUUGUGUAUACUUGAUGUAAUGAGCCUAUCAUGAAGCUCAAUUUGAUUGUAAACGAAUUGUACUCUUACUGUUUUAUUUGGCAGUGGUUAUUUACUUUGUUUUUUGGGUG